AUGAGCCAAGCUGAGAUGCCCUCCUGCUCCUCAUCCUCCUCGUACCAGCGCAUCUUCCAGGAGGCGGUGAGUCGAGGUGACACCAGCAAACUCCAGGCCCUCCUGCAAGACGCCACGGCCGGUGCCGGCGAACAGUUCAACGUGAACUCGUUUUUCGGCCCCGAGGGUCAGACGGCUCUUCAUCGCUCGGUCAUCGCGGGCAACUUGGAGCUCGUGAAGCUCCUCGUGCAGUUCGGGGCUGACCCCAGGUUGGCCACGCGUGACGGGUGGAGCGCCCUGCACAUCGCAGCCUUCGGAGGACACCAGGACAUCGUCCUGUACCUCAUCAACAGCGGCACGAGGCGACGGUAG